UCAGCCCCAAAGUGGGAUUUUACAUCUGGAGUUGCUCUCCAAGAAAAGAGAAGACUGAGCCCAAGUCUUGUUGAGCCAUGUUCUCUUCCUGCUGAGCUGAGUGUCUCCAUGCAGUCCUGGCUCAGAAAUCAUCCUUUAUCCUCCCAUGGAAGGGGAAUGUUGCCCCAUGGGUACCUGGCUCCAACGGUUGGGGCUUGAUGGCUGAGCUCCAGGGUUCCUUGGGUCUGUGUAGGCUUGGAGCAGGUCUGGAGCUGGCUGUGACCCCAAAGCAGGACUGGGGUCAGGGUGAGAGAAUUUAAGCUUCACUAAGAGCAGGACCCAGAAGAGAAACUGGGGAGGGGGUAUGGGGGGCAGGGGAAGCGCACAGGAGAAACAUGAAAUGCUGCUGUCAGCAGCAACCUGAGGGGAGCAAGGUCCUUCCCAGCCCCAUGGAGCACUCCCCACACCUCCAGCCUGGGCACAACUCGCUUCCAGGUCUUUGUGCCCCCUCUACUUGGUGACAGUGGGCACCCCACAGCUGUUACACUGAGCACCUUGGAGCACUGCUGGCAACGGCACCGGUGCGGUGUGGGGUGACGAAUGAGCCAAGGGGUGUCCGGGGACUCCUGUGCUCUGCUGGGAGCAGCAGUCUCAAUUCCCCAUUUGCAGGAGCAUUUCCCCGAGCCCAUGACAGCUGUGGGGCACCGUGAUCUCCAACUGACUUUCGGUUCCCCUGUGGCACCAUGAGUGGGGCAGAACGACCUGGGUCUGUGCGUGGGGGCACCCCAGGCCGUGAGAGCACUUGGACAGGGACUGGGGCAGCCCAGCUUGGCAAAAGAUGUCCCUGCUGUAGCACUGCUCUAUGGACUCCUUGGCAUGCUCCCAUGGCCAGCAGGGAGCCGGAUGGCAUACACCACGGAGUUGUGGGGUCUUAUGCCAGCACAGUGCUGCUUCAGCCCCAUUUCUUGGUCUAGCACCAGAUCUCAAUUCCCCAUUUGCAGGACACAGGGCAUGCCGGCCUUCAAACAGCUUUCGCUUCCCCCCAUCACUUCUCUGACGCCUCGGUCAUCUGAUUGUUGCCCAGGUAUAAAUGGAGGAGACCCACGGGAAGCUCUGUGUUGUGCUCAGCGCUGAGAUGGCCUGGAGCUGCUCCCUGCUGCUGCCGUUGCUACUGCUGCUGCCCACAUGGCUGCCCUCUGGCUCGGCACUGCUGCGGUACCAUUACGACUGUGGGGACUUUGGCAUGCAGCUGCUGGCGUUCCCCACGCGUGGCCGCACCAUGCGCUUCAAGGUCCUGGAUGAGUUUGGCACCCGCUUUGAAGUGGCCAACUGCUCCAUCUGUCUGCAUUGGCUCAGCGCUGUGGAGGAUGGUGGGCUAGUCUUCUCAGCCGGCUACAAGGGCUGCCACGUGGUGCUGAAGGACGGCCGCUACGUGCUGCGGGUGCAGCUGGAGGAGAUGCUGCUCAGUGGGGUGGUGGCUGCGUCCUACGAGGUGAACAUGACGUGCCCACGGCCAGCUGGCUAUGAGGUCCUCAGAGAUGAGAACGUGCAUGGCCACCACCAGCCAGAGCGGGGCAAUGGCGCCCUGACAGGUCACGGUGUCGAUGUCCUCAUCCCCCGGCCACGGCCCGGCCUCCUGCAGCACAUAGCCCAUUCUGCCCUGGCCGGCCCUCGCCCACAGCUGCCCCCCAGAGCCCCCAUGGAGCAGAGUCCCCCUGUGGCACACGCACAGCCCAUCCUGGAGCCCUCAGAGCUGCAGCACCAGCCUCAGCCCGGCAUGGAGUACCCGAGACCCCAGCCCCAAAACCAACCUGGGACGAUCCACGCUAGUGGUCAAACCCAGAUGGGUCUCCUUCAUCCAGGCCUUCAGUCCCCAAACCAGCCUGCAUUUGUGCAUGUUGGAAGUCAGAUCCAACCAGGGGUCCUCCGCCCAGGUCUUCAGUCCCAAAACCAGCAAGGAUUAGUGCGUCCAGGGAGUCAAAUGCAACCAGGGGUCCUUCGCCCAGGUCUUCAAUCUUCAAACCAGCAUGGAUUAGCACACCCAGGGGGUCAAACCCAACCAGGUGUCCUUCGCCCAGGUCUUCAGUCUUCAAACCAGCAUGGAUUAGCACACCCAGGGGGUCAAACCCAACCAGGAGUCAUUCGCCCGGGUCUUCAGUCCCCAAAUCAGCAUGGAUUAGUGCACCCAGGGUAUCAAACCCAACCAGGUAUCCCUCGCCCGGGUCUUCAAUCCUCAAACCAGCAUGGAUUAGUGCGCCCAGGGAGUGAAACCCAACCAGGUAUCCUUCAACCAGGUCUUCAAUCCCCAAACCAGCAUGGAUUACUGCAUCCAGGAGGUCAAACCCGGCCAGGUGUCCUCCGCCCAGGUCCUCAGCUCCAGAACCAGCCUGGGCUGGUGCAUGCUGGCAGUCAAAUCCAAGCAGGUCUUUUUCACUCUGGUCUCCAGCCCCCAAACCAGCCUAGCUUAGUGCAACCCGGGCUGCAGCCUGGCUUGAUGCACAGCAGCACUCAUGCACAGGCAGGAUUUGUCCGCCCAGGCCUCCAGCCCCAAAGCCAGCUGGGCUUGCUUCUCCCCAGCCUCCAGUCCCAUGCCCAGGGCAGCCUCCUGCGCCCCAGCCUCCAGAGCCAAGCAGGGCUGCUGCAACCCAGCCAGCCCCGACCAGGGCUGCUGCGCCCAGGGCUGCCACCACGACCAGGGCUGCAGUCCCAAGCCCAGCCCGGGCUGCUGCAUCCCACAGCUCUCUUCUACUCCUCGGCGGGGGCAGGUGAGCCUCUGACACGGGAGCAGUGCCAGGUAGCAGUGGGGAGGCUGUCCUGCGUGUCCCCGCCGGGCCGUGAUGCCUGCCUGCAGGCAGGCUGCUGCUUUGAUGACACAGACCGUGCGACGCCCUGCUAUUACGGCAACACAGCCACCGUACAGUGCCUGCCCGAGGGCCACUUCGUGCUGGUGGUGCCACGGGGGCUGUCGGCGCAGCCCUACAACCUGGACAGCGUGCGCCUGGCCAGCACCCAGCCCGGCUGCCAGCCUGCCCAGACCUCUGACACCUUCGUCCUCUUCCACUUCCCUGUCACGCAGUGUGGCACCACUGUGCAGGUGAUCGAGGACCGGCUGGUCUAUGAGAACCAGCUCAUCUCCACCAUUGAUGUCCAGCCAGGGCCCCGUGGCUCUGUCACCCGUGACAGUGUCUACAUCCUCCACGCCCGCUGCAUUUACAAUGCCAGUGAGCUGCUGCCGCUGAGCCUGGAGGUGGCUGUGCCCCCUACCGCUGCUCCUCUGGCACAGCCGGGGCCGCUCCAGCUGCAGCUGCGCAUCGCCACUGAUGAGAGCUACAGCUCCUACCACCCUGACACCGACUACCCGCUGGUGAAGGUGCUGCGGGACCCCAUCUACGUGGAGGUGCGGCUGCUGCAGAAGACCGACCCCAAUCUGGUGCUGGUCCUGCACCAGUGCUGGGCAGCCCCCAGCACCAGCCCAGCAGCUGAGCCCCAGUGGCCCAUCCUGGUGGACGGGUGCCCCUUUGCUGGGGACAACUACAGGACGCAGCUGGUGCCGGUGGGACCUGCCACGCUGCAGAUGCCCUUCCCCAGCCACUACCAGCGCUUUGCUAUCUCCACCUUUGCCUUUGUGGACAGCCCUUCCAUGGUGGUGCUGGAGGGAGAGGUGUACAUCCUGUGCAGUGCCUCGGUGUGCCACCUGUCCCAGCCCGAGCCCUGCCGGCCCUCCUGUCAAGAGGCCAUGCCUUCCCGGGCCCGACGAGCUGCAGGGGCCAGGAAGACAGCAAACAUCGUGGGCACAGUCACCUCCUGGGGAUGCGUUGUCUUGCCGAAGGGUCCUGCAGCGGGGAGACCUUAAGCGUGUGCUGCUGCCUCCUUGCUCCUCCUCCAUCAGGACAGAGCCCCAAUGCUCUGGUCCCGGUGGGGGCGAGUGGGAACAAUAAACCAGCAACUGGCAAAGA